UUGCAUUGGUGGUGCAUGUGGGGUAAAAGCUAGAAUGCUUUAGCGCGUUACGUUAUCAAGCUCCUCCUGUACAGCCCCAUAGGUGAAAUCCAAGUGUUAUUCGACUAGGGACAAGUGGACAGCGUUACACAGAUAUGUAUUAAAAUGAUAAAUGCGUACAUGCCAAUCAGAAAACAAUAUAUAGGUUUAUAUAAAUGUAUGGUUGAUUUCUAGUAAUGCAGACAAAAUGAUUUAUGAUUGAAAGACAAUGCAAGAGAUGAUUAUUACUUAUUGAGGCGUUAAUCACAAGAGACAAUCGCAUUUGCUGGAGAUAUGAUUCAGUCAAAGCUAUUUCAAGCAGAGUUUAAUGGCUGUGUUAUAACCACUUUCCAAAAUACAGGAGAUACUAAAAAGCAAAAUGGGAAAUGUUUUAGGGAAGUAGAUUCCUCCACUAAAGAGAAACAAAACCCACCUCUGUACCACAAUGCAACUAAAACAGAAUGUGAUGGGAGAUGGAGCUGCAGUGGAGUCAUCCUUAACAGACAACUGGGGAUAGUGCUUUGCCAUGGCUCUAUAUUUCUUCCAUUCUUGAAACAAAGAACACAAUGUGUCUCGUGGACCGAUCGGGAUGUUCUUUUAGCAGACGAGUUUCAAGAGGAUCUUGUAAUACAAGUGGAAUGUUCUGUUGGACCAAGAGCCACAGCAAAAACAGAAGGGUCAUUCAACAAUGAGUCUUUAGAUGGCAGACCAGGACUUGGACUCAUUCCCAUGUCAAAUAAAACCAUACCAAAGAUGGGCCAAAAACAGCUUGAGGGUCAGCUUCUCAUGCUUGUUGCCUGUCCAGAGUUUCAGAAGGCAUUUUCCCAUCUUUAUAGCAAAACUGAAGGUUGGGUAUUUUCGAGUGAAGAAGAGAAAAAAGAAUAUGGUGAAUUGCAGAAGGAUCUUGCUUACCUGCAAUGGUUUGCAGUCCUAAAGAUGCCAGGUCCUCUGGCCAAAAUACAUGAUAAUGUCAGAUUCACACAUGCAUCAAAACUUCUGAAAGGCAGUACAGUAUAUGCUUGUGGAUCACCUUUCGGUUCUUUCUAUCCUGAUAUUUUUCUGAACGCUAUAAGUAAAGGAGUCCUCAGUAAUGUAUCAGGAGACCAAAAUGUUGUACUUCUUACUGAUGCCCGCUGCUUGCCAGGAUCAGAGGGAGGUGGAAUAUAUUCUGUUGAACAAGGCAUUUUAUGCUUAGUAGGCAUUAUAGUGGCCCCACUUUGCUGGAAAUCUAAUGAAUGGGUAGGACUAACAUUAGCUUGUUCUGUUAGCCACAUUCUGCAUAACAUUAUUAAGACUUUCGGGAAAACUGGUAUGUCCUUCCAAAGUGAUUUAAAACCAUUGAUUCCGAUGGAAAAUUGUGUAACCGAUCUCAAAACAAAUCCAGGACCGGCAGCAGGAUUGGCAGCUUCAGUUGUUUUGGUAGACUCUGGCCCAGUUUGGGGAUCUGGUGUACUGCUGAACGAAAACAUAGUAUUGACCUGUCGUCAUGUUAUAAGAGGUGCAUCUAAGGUCACUGUGAAGAUCAGGUCUUCUACAAAUGAGAAGUAUCGGGCAAUCAAAGCACAAGUGGUGUUUUCAAGUGAGGAAGCCUCUCCAUAUGACAUUGCCAUCGUAGAACUGGAAGAAUUUUUCACGGAAAAUCCACAACCAGUUCUGGCAUCUGGUUGUUGUGUAGGUGAGGAUGUCUUAAUCAUAGGGUAUGGAGCGUUUGGCGAGAGGUCUGGUCCAUCGGUGACUUCUGGGAUCCUUUCCGGAAUUAUAUCUGUGGGAGAUACCCCAGUGAUGCUUCAGACAACCUGUGCAGUUCACGGAGGGUCCAGUGGUGGCCCCCUCUUUACUGCUCAGUCUGGAGAACUUCUAGGGAUUGUUGCUAGCAACACAAGGGAUAACAGCACUGGAGCCACGUAUCCCCAUCUUAACUUCUGCAUCCCAGUCAGUGUUUUCCAAGAUGCAUUACACAAAUACACCGAACAUGGAGAUUUACGUGCCUUCCAGGAGCUUAAUAAAGCCAGUCACUCUGUAAGAAAUGCCUGGCGACUGCAGAGAAAACCUGAAAGAUCUAUACCGAGCAAACUUUAAGUAGCCAAAUGUGAGUCAUUCCUCACUCUGUUGAAAUAUUCAGUGACACAUAAUAUCUAAAACCUGGCUCCCAUGUGGCAUUUAUACUAUGUACGUCAGACUUCCAGAACCUUACACUUUAAGGACCAUUGCCCGUUCAGGUCUUAGUGUGUUAUUGCUUGAGCAAGGAUGUAUUGAAUUGAUUCAUUUUUAUAUCUACGUAACCAAAGU